AUGUUGUUCGCAAAAAGUGAUGCCGUGAGGCUCAAGAAAGCAGUGGCCGGGGAAGAGGUCGUCUACACCUGCGACAAGAAACCCCAUGAGCUCGGAAUUGUUACAAGGAAUUACUCAUUUGCGAAUGAUGGCGAUGAGGAAUCCGACAGAAGUGGUCUGCUUUCGUCAAAAAUGAGCCUGAAUGUGUCCGUAAUACGAAAGAUCGGCUCAAACUCACCAAAUGCCAGCCCUUGGUUUCCAAAGAAGGUUGUCGUACUGACUGAUAAACGUCGCAUCGAAACCAUGGCCUGGGCUCAUAGCAGCUUGUUGAGCCGUCCUAGUUCAAACAGCGAAUGUCGAAUCGAAGACGCUGAUAACAACCUUUCCCUGAAAGUAUCAAACGACUCUUCUGCACUAGAUGAUCUUGACAUUGCCCCUUGCACCUCCUCACAGGACUCCGAUCCGUCUCUGUCUUCCAUCAAUGCAUCCUCGUGGUACACCUCUCAUAGUUCCUCUGUGCCUCCGUCUGACUCCACUGAAGCGUUUCAAAUGAGUAAUCUCGAAAGCCUGUUCGUAGCAUCGGAUUUCAGUGCAAUUAAUAUUGAGGCUGGAAUCGACGACAAUUCACUGUGCAGGCCUGGGCAAUCUUUACAG